CGCGAGGAGGAGGUCCCGUGGCCGGCGCGCCUGGCGCAGGCCGCAGGCUCGGGCUCGGAGCAGGGCGGCGGCAGCUCGGACGCGCCCGCGUUCCAGCCGCGCACGCGCGCGCAGCGGCGCCGGAUGCAGCGGCAGUCGCAGAAGGAUCGUGGAGCAGGCAGGCGGCGCUGCUCGCCGAGCCGACCCCGGGCGAGCCCGCCGCGAGCGCGCCUCUCCAGGCACCGGCCCAGCCGGCGCAGCCCGCCGACGCCUGAGCCCCUCGCGGCGCGGACGCGCCAGUCGCAGGGCGCGCCAGCCGCAGGGCGCGGCGUCGGCGGCUGCCGCGAGCGGCGCCUCUGGGGAGAGGCGCUCGCCCGGCGGCGCCAUGGCCGCCCGCGCUGGGCUCGGCUCGAUUCUCUAAUUUUCCACCGCUGGGCUUUGGCCAGCCUCUUCAGGGAGAGCAGGUACAGCAGUGGCACGCGAGGCUGCGACCCCGCGCGCCUCGCCCAGACGGGCACCGGCGCCUCGAUCGCUCGCCCUUCUGCUCCGCGUGAGGGUGGCCCUUCCGAUGGAGCGACCUUGUUCCUGGAAAGGGCCUGGGCCCAGGGUUUCUGUUUAGUGUGGUAACUGGUCCCCGGUGCCACGUUCGCAAAGAGCCGGCAGAUUCCCGCUUGGUAGACAGCGCUAUGUGAACUCCCAUUUCGUCACGCACAUGCGCGCUUCGCGCGUGCCCGCUUGGUGAAACCUGGGGAAACGCGACAUGCCUGAUGAAUCUGGACCCAGCGUGACUUCAGUGCGGGGCGAGGUCUUGGGUGCGGUGAGAGUUACGGGCCCUCUCGGCUGCAGUCAGGUCAAGCUCUACCGCAAAAUCUUUUCCUACCAUGUGUGGCAGGUCAUGAUGUGCCGAUGCAGUGGUGCUGCAAAGUAGCCCAGGCAAUCUCAUUUCGAUUUUCUCCCGCAAAUGAUGCCUUGCACCAACGGGCACUUUGCGCAAUGGCCCGAAAGCUCGCUGUGCCAUGCCACACUGCUUCUAUUCCACGCCGGGUCAUUUCGCCUGUGUCCCGUCCGCGUGGCCGAUUAUAUCUUGCUUGCACGGCAGGUCCGCAAUUCCCUCCCCUCCUCCUCCGAACCCUCCUCCAGCUCCCUCAUCUUGCUCCUCUUCCUCCUUCUCCUCCUCGUUCGGGCCGCCGUGGUCGCGCACUGCCAUUCAGGGAUGCACCACGCGCUUCGCUGCGAGACCCGCGUGGACGUCCUGCUUAGGCGUGAGUAUUUCGCUCGCUGCCUUUGUGGGCUCUCCCCAAACGCUCGCUAUGCCAUUCCAGAUUGCUUCGUUGCCAUGCCGGGUCGUGUUGCCUGUGUCCCGACAGCGUGGCCGUUUUGUUUAAUGUGCGUGCGCGGCAGGUCCCCAAUCCCCUCCCCCCUCCGAAUCCUCCUCCAGCUCCCUCAUCAUGCUCCUCCUCCUCCUCCUCCUCCUCCUCAUCCUCCUCGUUCGGGCCACCGUGGUCGUGCACUGCCAUUCCGUGACGUACUGCCGCAUGACCUUUGCUACGAGUCCCGCGUGGACGUUCUGCUCAGGCGUGGGCAUUUCGUUUGCUGCUUUUGUGGACGUUCCUUCCUGACGGGAUGCGGCCUGACAUAUCCCCUUACUCACGGGUUUCGUUCGGCCAGAAAAAGGCGCGGAGGGCGG